CGUGCAAUGCAGCAGUGAAAGCAAUAAUGAAACGGUCACUGUGGAAGCUACAUUACCGCCUGUCAAAAAUACUACGACUGCCCUAAGCAUAACAGAAAUGGUGCGAAACAGCAGUGCAAGCAAUAAUGACACGUUAGCACAGGAAGCUACCACACAGGCGGUGAACAUUACCACGACGGCACUCACCAAAACAGAAAUAGUGCAAAAUGGUAGCGCAACCAAUAAUGAAAUGAACCCAGAGGACGCUACAACACCGGCUGAGAACGCUACCACGACAGCACUCAGUACAACAGAAAUAGUGCAAAAUGGUAGCGCAACCAAUAAUGAAAUGAACCCAGAGGACGCUACAACACCGGCUGAGAACGCUACCACGACAGCACUCAGUACAACAGAAGAAGUACAAAAUUGCAGCGCAAGCAAUAAUGAAACGAUCCAAGAGGACGCUACCACACAGGCUGUGAACAGUACCACGACAGCACUCAACACAACAGGAAUGGUGAAAAACAGCAGCGCAAGCAAUAAUCAAAUGUUCUCAGAGGAAGCUACUACACAGUCUUUGAGCAGCACCAUGAUAGCACUCAUCACAACAGAAAUCGUGCAAAGCAGCAGUGGACGCAAUGAUGAAACCCUCCCUGUGGAUUCUACGCUACCACCUACGACCACCACUACGACUGCAGUCAGCACAACAGAUGCAACAAGCCAAAAUUCUUCCAUGUGCCAGCUUGAGCCUGAUCAUGGACCCUGCAGAGCUAUCCUCACAAGAUGGCACUACAACAACGCUACCGGUAAUUGCGCCGCCUUUUCGUACGGCGGUUGCAAGGGUAACGACAACAACUUUGAGGACUGCACGCAGUGCAUGCUCACUUGCAGCGGUGGCCAAAAUGUAACUGAGAUCUGCGAAGCGUUGGAAAUGCAAGCUGAAAGUGAAGACUCAUGGACAGUCGCAUCUAUUGGAGAAAGUGAAAAUCGGCAAAAUUCUGGGUAUCAAGAUUAUUAUGAGUCUGACGAAGAAAAUUAAUAAAAAACUAGUACUGGUGAACAUC